AGAUUGAAUUACAUGAGAGACACAUGUUGCAAAACGUCAAGCCCACCACCGUCCGCUGCAUAAUGCCUGUCUUGAAGAAGCUCAAAAGUUUCCACCAAGCAGGUGAAAAGUGACAAGUCUGCCAGAUAGACAUGCUCGAUGUGUUAAUAAUAGGAGGCGGCCCCCAUGCCUUGACCUUGGCGAGCUUGCUCAACAGCCUUGACCCCGUUCAAGACUCUGACCGUGAAGAUGACUCUCGUAUCUCCAACCCCCAUCUCUCGAACCUUGAGACAUUCAAACACAAACGCUGUAAUGAAAGAAGAAAGAGGAGGACAACAGCAGGACAGAUGACUGAGGAGCAGGAAGAAAAGCCAACAAUAUCAGAAAGCAAUGUUUGCACCCCACUCAGUGUCCUGGUGGUGGACACCUAUGGAAAGUGGGCCGGUCUGUGGGAGAGCCAGUUCACAGCUCUGCACAUCCCUCACCUGCGCUCUCACACACUGGUGCACACAGACCCUUUAAAUAAGAAUGCGCUUCAGGAGUUCGUUCUCAAGUAUGAUCGUUCAGCAGAGCUUCACAGCCUUCCGGACCACGUUCAAAUUCUGGAUGAAAACGCGUUCUUCAAUGACAUGCGGCUUGGCAAGAAGGAAAGGAGACGUCUGAAUGUCACGUCAACACUGAAGAAGAGUUUGUCCUUCAGCCUGCCGGGAACCAAACUGAGCGUGGAUUUUUUUAAAGAACAGGUGAAGAGAUACAAAUUGGACAAAAUUCUGCUGAAGGGAACAGUCGAACACAUCAUCCCAGUGACUGGGGACACAAAAGGAAUGGGUGAAGAACAGGAAACCCAAAGAGAGAGUGAACAGGUGAAAGUUCACCCAAGAAAGAAGGUUGAACAUUUCUGCGUUGAACUUCAAGACGGCAGCAUCUUGAGAGCCCGGCAGGUUGUUUUGGCAACAGGUCCAACCCGUGUUCAAAUGUCCAACAUUCCCGAAUGGGUAAAAAGCAUUGAGGAAAGUUACCCAGAGGGGCGACUGCAACACACAGUUCAUCUCAUGCACAAGCCGCCAAACUCUAAGCAAAGACUCCAAGAAAUGGAUUGUCCAGGACAGGAGGAGACUUCAUCCGGUCAAGUAUGUGAGGCAGGACAGAGAGUAAUGGUAGUUGGUGGAGGUCUGACCAGCGCGCAUGUCGUAUCGAUUGCCCUGCAGCAAGGGGCCGACCACGUCACAUGGGUCAUGAGAAAACACCUGCAGGUCUAGUGACCGCGUGAAACAGCAUGUGGAUCAACCAAUAAAAGCAACACAGUGAUGGCACAUUUGAUCUUCAAACAUAGCCGUGUUCAACCUUUUUU